CACUACUGCAAAACAAAAACGGUGAUAGAGACAAUAACAAGUAUAAUUUAUUCAUUUGUGCAUCUAGUCGAACAAUAGAAUACAAGGUCAAGUCCACUAUAAUGUAGUACCACAAAGAAUAUCAAUAUGUAUAAAAUUCUUGUACCUUUUCACCUACCUUGUCCAGAUAUGGGACUAAGUUUCCUAAUUAGUGAACAUUAAUGAGUUCAGAAAAGUUCCCAAAUCUUUUCAAGAUCUUGAUACAGAAUUUUCAAGAUAUGUCAGGCUCGCAUCCGUAGUAAAUCUUGAUCAAGUUCUUGAUCAAGAAAUUUCAAGAAGGAAAAUCUUUAAAGAACUUGUGUAGAUUUUGACUUUCUGCAAGACGUGGGUUGCGAGAGCUCGUCACGCUCCUGACACGAAUGCUUUAGUCUGCUUAGGUGUAGAUGUUUAAAAAAAACGAUUUCGGUUUUGAGCAUGAAAGCAGUUUUAAGAACUUUGAAAACUGUAGCCAUAUGCAGUGUUAUGCAAUGUCUGGUUACAAAAUUAUGAAAAACGUUAGUGGACUAAGUAUUUCUUAUAACUGCCGACAUGUAAGAGCUCAAAGAUUAUAAGAAGAAGCAUGAAAAUAAAAGCCAAUUUUUGAGUAUGGAUUUUUCGAAUCGUUUAAACGAGCGCUCAGUGACUUCUGUCGAAAAAGGCGAAUUACUGAUCUCUUCUACAUAUCGAGAUAUCGUGAACUCAAACUCCUUCUACAUGCAAAAUGAACGAUUUUUAUGCUAAGUUUACCUACCAGUACAGCAUCAACAUUAACAACAUCCACAGUACUUCAAGUAAGACUCAAUGUUUCAUAACAGUUAUAUAUAAAAUCUAAAUGUGCAUGUUUUCAAAGGAAAAUAAUCUAUUUCACUAUACAACAAUACUGUUUGAUUUGGGUUUUGUUUCAGCAAGAACAAGUAGUAUGUACAGAAUAUGAUGUUAUUUAAGCGCCUACAUGUGAAUCAAACUGGAAUUUUCUUUACUUAUUUGUUAUUUUUGUCAGGUCUCUAAAAUACAAAACAGCGGAUUGUUAAAAGCUUUUACAAAAAUCUUGAAAACAGUUUAUGUUAAAAACCGCUUCUAUGAACAGGAUGAUAUUUAAUACGAAAUGCCUAACUUGUCGCUUCACACUGUUUCAUAAUGGGUCUGAUCGGAUUUUAUAGACUAGGCUGAUUACUUUAUGCAGUUCUCCUCGCAGAUUAUUUUUGUGACCAAAGCAUCUUUUUUUACUAGCGCUUUUUGACAUAGAAAGUGCCUGAGACAAUCUUGUAUAUUCAGGUGAUUGAGAUGGUUAGGACGGUAAAAAAUGUCAUUUUUUCUAUAAGGUGCAUAGAAUCAGCCUAACCUAUAAAACCUGAUGAGACCCAUUGUGGAACACUGUGAAGCGACAAAUUAGGCGUUUCUUAUUAGAUAUCAUGGUAUUCAUACAAGCGGUUUUAAGAAAAACUUUUUGCAAGAGGUUUUAACAAUCCGCUUGUUUGCAGUCUAGACAUCUGUCAAAAGUACCCAAAACUGUUUCUCACCAAAAUAUUUUAGAGUAGGUUCUAUACAAUAUCUGAUAAAAAAACAACUGAUCAGCAGAAAAUAAAAUAUGAGAGUGCGACUAAAAUUUUCGAAGAAGAUAUAUCCAUCACCGAUGAGACAAUUCAUGAAUGUAUACCGCUCAUCCUCAUGUAAAAGUUUUAAUACGAAUGAUAUCCUAGAAUAUCACCACCUAGAAUUUCGUCAUCGGAAUUUCGACAGUCCAAAUUCCGAAGGAGUUUCACAGUAUUAUCGAAUAUUCAGAGCAAAGCCUCCAACAAUUUCGACAAUUGUCGAAAAUCAACAUGAUUUUCAAGAGCAAUAUUUCUUGUGGUUAAAGCGACAGUAGUUUUUGGAAAAACCUUAAUUUAAUGAAAAAUUAUCAGACUCAUGAGUUAUCGCCUUAACUCUUACCCUGGCGCGGGUGCUUUGCCGCUUAAAAUGUAGCAAGAUGCACUUUGAAAAAUUUUGCUUAAGGUUGCCACCCAGUAUGGUAUUUGAAUAUCCGGGUGCUAGUGAAAGGGUCAAAGGAUACGUUCUACAGUUUAACAACGCCGUGUUUGACCAAUAAAAAGUUGUAGCUUUGUUUGUUCUUGUAGAAUGUACUUCUUUGGGUCAAAUAAAUGUUACAUUUGACGAUUUGCCGCCAAUAACGCUUAAUGCACCAUUACCAUCGUCUAAUUAUAGAAAUUUAAUAUGGAUAAAAAUGUAUGCUGAUCAUUUCGCAGUACCAAAAGCAGAACCAGAGCCAGAACUACCACUUGUAUUAGUACCAGAAGCAGAACCAGAGCCAGAACUACCACUUGUAUUACUACCUGCUGGACAUUGA